GACUGUGUGAGAUCCCAGAGGUAUUAAUACAUGACACACCCACAUCACCGCGUCCUGUGUACAUAGGUUACCACGGAUACUCGGUACAAGGACUACUGAACAGCUUGCAAUCAAAGCAUGGUUUACAGGCCGAUCAAGAGAGCAUUGCCAGUGGACAGGAGAGGGUUUUUGUAUCAAGGUACCGUAAGACCAAGUGCUAUUUUGUGCAGACUUCAACAACAUAUGUCCUACUUCUUUUCUUUUUUAAUCAUAUUUUUCUACAUCUGAUCAGACAUACUUGUUUGAAUAUAUGGAAAAGGGUGUUGUUCACAGAUUUAUAAUGAGACUAAAUGAUUUUCACAAACACACUGCAGUCAUGCAGUGUUAAAAUUAGUUGUUGAUCAUCAAGCAAGCAGUGGAAAUCAAGACACACGAUCUAAAAAUAGUCACAUACCUCAGGCUGCCACCUUUGUGUGAAAAUCUAUCCCUGUCACUUGGGCAUUUGUGGAGAGAUGAGGACUGUAGCAUUUCCCAUACAAAGAGAAGUCAAAGCUUGGGUCUAGGAAGACACUCCAAGAUGUAUAGACCCUCAUGCAGAAGUCCAAGUCCAUUUUCUCUUACAGACCUUGACAUGUGGGACACCCAGUCUCGCUUCACAGCCCAGACCUCAGCAUGGUGCGGUAUGGCAACUGUCUCUGGGUCAGGGUUUCUGUCCAAAGUUAGCACAAGUGCGUCUGGGAGCAGCAGUAGCUAUAGACAGAAUGAUGCAAGUCUAAGGAAAUGGCAGUCAUUGUCUCACCUGGUGCCUGAGGGUCCGACACGAGCCUUUUCUCCAUCUCCAGGAGCUCAGUUGAGGGAUUCCAGAGGUGCAAGUAGCUUUGGACAAGCAGAAACGGGACAAUGGCUUGACAUAAAACAUAAGCAACUGUCAGAAGUGACGAGUGCUCUUGAGCAGGAGAGGGAGCCAGAUGAAUUACACCAGUUUGGAAAGAGAAGGCAGCUUGGAGAGAUUCAUGAGAAAGGAAGCAGUAAUCAGCCAGCGGAAAGAACUCCUGGCUCGCUUGGUACAACAUUACAGAUGAGUCAAGAAGACUUCAACAGACAGGAGAGGCAGAAGGCUGACAAAGAGCUGUGCAAGCUGAGAGAGGCUCUGAGAGAUGCUGAGGCAAGAGCAAAGACACAAGAAGAAGAACAAAAGCAGGUCCUCCAGAAACUGCAGACUUCCACAGAGACACAGAGGGUGCUGCUGAAUCAAAUAGAAGAGAUGAACCAGAGGUUUUGGCACUUAAAACAGAACCACUCUGAAGUGCAAGAACAGCUGAGUGAGGCUAACAACAGGAUCAGUCAAGCAUGCCUGGAAAAGGCCAUCUUGUCGACUCAAGUGCUAAAGCUGGAGGAUGAUAUAAAACAACUAAAGGCUAAACUUAUGAGGCCUUUGUCUGACAAAGGUCGCCUCAUCCAGGAGAAAGUAGGUCUGCACCAGAAGGCCCAGGUUCUUGAUGUGCAGAUGAAGGAGGACCAUCAAGGUUCAGAGGAGCGUGGAGUCAUUCAGACUGAGACUAAGUCACACAACAACAAAGAGGAUCAGGAAACUGUUCUGACAAAGAAACAAUCAAAGGCUCUUAGAGAGGCAAAUGAAAAGCUGAUAUGUGAACUUGAAAUGAUUAAGCAGAAUCUGAACACGUCACAGUCUCAGCUCCAGGAGAUAACAGCACAGAAGGCCAAACAGAUCACAGACCUAGAGGCAGAAUGUUCUCAGCUGAUCACAGAAAAAGAGGAACUGCUUAAAACGAAUGAAGGUCAACAUGAGGAGCUGACAGAGAUGAAAGAAAAAUGCAGCCAACUCAGGCAAUGUGUGGAAGUUUUGGAAAUUGAAAAACUGAACCUCCAGGAUCGGUACCUGCAAUUGGAGGAGGAGGUCCUUGAGAAGGACGAGAAGCUACAGCUGCAGGAGGAAGAGUAUCAGAAACACGAUGUAGUGAAAGUCCAGAGUGCAGAGGAACUGAGAGCCGUGGCCAGUCACUGGACUGAGAAAUGGCAAAAGGUGGCCUUGAGACUGCAGUCCACACAGGCAGAGCUAGAAGAACUCAAAAAGAACAACUCCAGAACUGAAAAGGAAUAUCACUCAGUGCUAAAGACUGAGCUUGAAGCAUGCAAACAAGAGCUGGAGCUGGAAAGGAGCAGGACUCAGCAGCUGCUUCAAGGAUACAAACAUAAAGGUGGCGAAGCCUCAGUGCACACUCAGGACACAGAGACAGUGACAGACUUAUCACAAUCCUCUUUGUUAUGGGAGCCACCAUCAGACUCGCACAGCAGUCAAAACAAACCACCUCAGCAGGUGUGUGUACAGAGCAAUGAGGUUCAAGAACUGAAGCAAAGACUGGUUGAAAGAGAGAGGGAGCUGAGAGAAAAGGAAGAAGCAUUGGAGAAUCUUGAAAGGCUGAGAGAGAUGGAAAGAAAUGAGGCUCAACUCAAGAUUUUUGCUAUGGAGCUCAAGGCCUCUGAAACCUGUCAAGAUGAUGGAGGCCAAGCAAAUGGCACAACCACUGACUCACUCAGGGCCCAGCUGGAAGAAAGCCUGAGGAGGGCGAAGCAGCUACAGCAGGAGAAAACACUAGCAGUCCAGAGACUUCAGAGGUUGAGGCAGCUUUACUCGGUUAAAGAUGAGAGACUGUCUGUGGAGGGCAGGAAGGGUAAAACUGUCUGUCCAGUUAAUCUCGACACAGAGCAGCAGAGGAGGAUGGUCACUGAGCAGUUAAAGAGUCUGUUCAAAGAGCAAGAAAGAAAAUUGGUGGGAAAGAUUGAUGAAAGAUCAGCAGCAGCUCAGGCUGGAUCCUCCUCGCUACAAGACUCGGCUCCUGCAUCUACAGCUGUGAGGAGUGCAGUGGACAGGAGGAGCUGGCAGCGAGGCUCAGGUUUGAUGCCAGUAUUUGAAGAGGAUGAGGAGGCCAAUGACUGGCCAGGAGUGAAGGAAAGAAAGCCAGCAGAGGAGGCUCACACUGGGGAAAAGGUCGACAACCAAAACCAACAGAUGUCAACUACCGGUGCAGAAAGCAGUCUGAAGGCAAAAAGUGAGACUCAGCUGCAAGCCACACUCAGCUCCCAGCGACCAAUCCAGGGCUUUCCCCCCACAGCAGAUAAAUCAGUCAAGUCUCCUGAUGUUGAAGAGCCAAACUCAUCUCACUGUUCAGAUGUGAUUGACCUGCAGCAGAAGAGGACCCCCUCCCCCUAUCCUGAUGGAAUAUUCCAGGCUGAGCUUGUAGAUAUCUGUAGCCCAGAUGAAGAUGAAGAUGAAGAUGAGAUAGAGGACAAGUGAGGUAUUUUGUUUAGACUUCUGUAUUGAGCAAAACUGUCUUGCUGUCCCACCCCCACUUGUGCCUUAUAGCUCACAUGAAAUGUCAGGACUAACUCACUAAAACAAUUUAGAAUUUAGACAAGAUUCUGCUAUGGUGAUGAAUGGUGGAAACUUUUCAGCUUAAAUGAUUGCAAAUUUUUGUACAUCAGUCUAACAGAAAAUCACUUUGUGGUGAUUGGUAAAAUACAACAGCGACCAUUUGAACUGCUAUACCUCAAACAAUAGUGUUAAUAAAAAUCACCAAACUCCCUCUGGCAUAAAGUGUGUUUUAUUUAUAUGACAUGACACCGUUCCUCACAUCAUGCUUACCUGCAGAAGAUCCCACAGCCAAAAGGAUAUUUCAAACCUAUCUAAAAAGAACUGUGAAAUUACAGGUGUACAUUAGAGUAGAUAAUGUGCAUGUGUGUGAUACAUACAUUAAAUUUUUUUAGUCAAAGGGACUGAAUACUAGAAUAACUCUUGAGUAUUUCUAGAUAAAUACUACAUUGCUCAGUUAUCUUAGGAGAAAAAGGCUGAACUCUUAUAACAGACAAUUGAUGUUCUCCAGUCUAUUUCCAGGUAAUGUUUUGCUAUUACAUCAUGCUGUUAUAGACCAACAAACUCUGAACUUACAUUGUGUGGUUCCAAAAGUCAUUUUGCGCACCUACAGUACUUUCUCAUAGCAUAAUGAUACGUUGAAAUAAGGCCAGUGUAAAGAUGUUUCUGCUGAGUGCCCAUCCCGAACAUCAACUGUCCGCACUCUCAUAUCAAAGGCUUAUUGUGGAUGUCCACAGAGCUCAUACAGUUUGCCAGGUCCACUUCAACAGAGCUCUACAGAGGCUCCGGUUGUACAAUGUGCCAGCGUGUCUGCUCCACCUGCAGAUUGCACAAGUCCCUCCAGUGAGCACGUCCAGCAUCUGCAGCCUCAGUACCAAUUCGAACUCGACCAAGAACUUUACCUU